GUCACUACACAUUAAUCUUAAUAGAGACGAUUUUUCAAAUUGGUCCUUAUUUAGCUAAUUCUUAGCAACAAAAAUUUAAUUGGUUGUGCUUGAAGGCAGAGAGUCCCUAUUCCUUUAAACCCCUCGUUUCUGCGCCUCUUCUUUACCCAGCAUCAGGGCUUUCCUCGCAGUUCAGAUCUUGUUUCUUCCUUCGUUGCUCUACCACAAGCUCUUAACAUACCUAUCUCUUGAGGUCGAGAUCUGUCAAAAUGUAUAGUUCAAGGAGGAAAAUCCAGAAAGACAAGGAUGUUGAACCCACUGAGUUUGAGGAUACAGUUGCUCAGGCACUAUUCGAUUUGGAGAAUACCAAUCAAGAACUUAAAAGUGACUUGAAAGACCUUUUCAUUAAUUCUGCAGUUCAAACUGAUGUCUCUAGCAACCGCAAGGCUGUUGUUAUUCAUGUUCCCUAUAGAUUGAGAAAAUCUUUCCACAAGAUUCAUGUUCGCCUUGUGAGAGAGCUCGAGAAAAAGUUCAGUGGCAAGGAUGUCGUUCUGAUUGCCACCCGAAGGAUAUUGCGCCCACCAAAGAAAGGUUCAGCUGUUCAGCGACCCCGCUCACGCACACUUACCUCCGUGCAUGAUGCCAUGCUCGAGGAUAUUGUGUGUCCUGCGGAGAUUGUUGGGAAGCAAAUCAGAUACCGUAUUGAUGGGUCCAAAAUAAUGAAGAUAUUCUUGGACCCUAAAGCAAGAAACGACACCGAGUACAAGCUGGAGACAUUUGCUGGAGUAUACAGGAAGCUCUCUGGGAAAGAUGUUGCAUUCGAAUAUCCAAUAACAGACGCUUAAGAGCUGCUGUUGAUUAUCGUUAAUGUUUUGGUGCUGUUAAAUCCUUUUAUCAUUGCUUUCAAGAGGAAUGCACUACUUAAAAUUUUUGACUGAGAACAUGGAAACAUUGUGUCAUUAAAUCCUGGGAGAGUACUGGUUGUAGAACCCUUGCUUUUUCUUAUCUGCAGUUGAAAGCUAUUUAGUCUUUUUCUGUUAA